AUGUAUUUUUCAUUUGUAAUUCUUUUGGUGUCGACAAUUAAUCUUAUUUCCUGUGGUAGUUCGAAUGCUGGCCAUCUUAAACCAUUUGGUACAGUUGGAUCAUUAAUGAAUAUUGAAGAAAUCAAUGGAGAAUAUCCAAAUAUUUUAAAAUUUUUUACACAUUACGUACCAAAAUUAGAACCAAUUGUGUCUCGUCAAGUACUAAUUAAUGAUAUGCACUAUAAUAUAUGGCAAACUGAUAGGCAACUUGAAAAUGAAGUUGAUGGUUUAUCGAAAACGAAUAUUAAUGUGGAAUCAAUCAAAGAACGAAAACGAUUUCAAAUGAAAUUUGGUGAUUUUUUCGAUCAAUAUACGAAGGAAAGUUUAUUACUUGCUGACUAUGUGCCUGAAAUUCUUCGUAAAUAUAUUGUCGUUCCGCGGCCUUUACAAUGUGAUGAAGUUGUACAUGCAUUACAAUCGCCAGUUCUACUUAUAAAUGGUAUCAAUACCUCACCGUUAAUGUUCAAUGACGAACAUGAUUUUUUCUUUUGCCUUCUUCGUGGAAAUAAGCGUCUUGCACUUGUCAAUACAAAUCAGCAUCCUGCUGCACGCCAAAUUGUUAUUCCCGAUAAACAAAAACCUCGCCGACCACCACUCAAUCCAGAACAAGUUGACUUUAAUCAAUAUCCUGAAUUAGAAAAUAUUGAAUAUCAUGUUGCUAAUUUAACUGCCGGUGAUUGUAUAUUUAUUCCCAGUCAAUGGAUAUUUCAAGAACGUUCCUUAGAUAAUACAAUAUCAAUUCUAUACAAUAUUAAUCAUAAACAAGCAUUACAACUGAAUCUACAGGAAUUAAAAACCUGUUCAGAAAGUGAUCCAUUAGAUUCGUCACUAACCCUUGAUCGCAUCGAUUGGACCGCUAUUGAAAGUGACCCAGAAAAUAUAAGAGAUUUAAUAAUGAAUUUAAUUAAUUCGCCAACAAAUACUUAUGAAAAAUGGCAAGAAGCAUUUUCGAAAUAUUUUACAUUUGACAUAACUUCGGAUUCUGACAUAUCCGCUAUUUUUGAUGAAUUUUAUGGUAUUAUUGAUAUAGAUGGUAAUGGCGAAGUAACAACGGCUGAAAUCGAACAAAUUAAUGGAGUACAUCAACAUCACAUAUCGGAUGUUUUAUAUGAAAUGAUGAACUUAGUUGAUGAGAAACGAAAACUUGCCUCAGCGACAGCUCCUACUACAGAAGAUAAGAAUGCACAAGAAACAAUAGAAAAUGAAGAAUCCAGUGACUAUGAGGAUGAUGAUUUACAAAAUUACAAAGAGGAUUUAUGA